AUGAGCUGUUGUAUCUACGAACAUGCAUCUUCGGGAAUCAUUACCGUAAUCGUAGGUUCAGAGGGAAUGCUAUUCUUCUUCCAUGAGAGUCUUCUCUGGCAAAAAUCUCCCUGGUUUCGGUCUCACCUCGAGAACCAAAUGGCCGAAGAUCAUAACUACAAUUCCGCCGCUGAACUCUCGUCAAUCGAAUCAUCAUUCCAGGAAUUUCAACAAGCCCAAAGAAAGGUAAUUUACCGCUACGAAGAUGACAUCCAUACCUUCAACCAAUUCUUCGUUUGGAUCUACGAACCAACAUACCCACUACCUCGACGUGAUCCAGACAACUAUUCUAGCUCGACACAUAUCUCUGAAUGGGCUAUCCUCCACCAACUGGCUGUUGAGAUGGGAGUUUCGGAUUUGGCCCACGAAGCUUUAUCCGAGUAUGUUCUUUGCAGAGAUACCUCACGAACAGGAUAUUGGAUGCCCCUUCCCGCGGAAAUCCAAUUUAUAUAUCAAAGCCAAGCAACAAAAUACGAUUUACGCAGCCUCAUCGUGUUGAAAAUGCGGAGUCUUUACUUUUCAACCGGAUUCGCAGGAUUGCAAAGAGAACUGUCUGAUAUAUGCAUUUGUCAUUCUGAUUUUCACACCGAUGUUUCUGCAGAGCUACAAAGACAUUCGGAACAGAUAACCCCGUGUAGCUAUGAGGAUUGCUCUAUUCAUAGCCCAAAUAAUAUUAACCUCUUCCAAAACUCAAAUUCUCCCCUAGAAGUCGAGUCACCUCUGCCUUCUUCUGAAUAUCUAGAAGAUAUCUCCACUCUUGAUUUAGAUGACUCACCGCCUCAUCUAUCCGAUUGCAAUACGAUAUCCACAGAAGAGGAGGAUGCGGACUCAGACCAAGGGCGAAUCGAAGCAAUUGCUGAAUAUCAUGAGAGUAGGGAUACGCUGAUGUCUUUUGAUGAGGGGAGUGGAGGGUCGAUUUUGAAUUAG